CCUUUCCCUCUCUGGGUCCCCUCAGCGCCCUGUCCUCACCCCGACUGGGCCUGUCUUCCAGCACGGACUGGGGAGGGGGCUUCUACCCAACACAGACUACACCCUGCCAGCUCAGGACGAGAGCUGUGAGGAAGAGUGCCAGGAAUGGACUUCCCACGGGAGGGCACAUUUCUGGUAUUCCUGGCAAGAUAAGGAGUUGACCAAGUAAUCCAGGAGAAAAGGCAUUUCUGGCAGAGGAAACAGCCUGGGGGUGACAGGGAGGCUGCAGCAUUUGGGGAACUGCUAGGGCUAUCGUGUGUUUGGAAGAGGGGGAGGGAGAGAGGUAGGCAGGGCUAAACUGGGAAUUUUGUCACUGACAUAAGUUUUAAGUGCCAGGCGUGGUGGCUGUCGCCUGUAAUUCCAGCUACCGAGGAGGCUGAGGUGGGAGGAUCGUUUAAGCCCAGGAGCUCGAGGCUGCAGCGAGCCAUGAUCAUGCCGCUGCACUCCAGCCUGGGUGACAGAGUGAGACACUGUCUCUAAAAAAAAUUGGCCAGGUGCGGUGGCUCAUGCCUGGAAUCCUAGCACUUUGGGAGGCCCAGGCGGGCGGAUCACCUGAGAUCAGGAGUUCAAGACCAGCCUGGCCAACAUGGCAAAAUCCCCUCUGUACUAAAAAUACAAACAUUAGCUGGAUGUGGUGGUGCGUACCUGUAAUCCCAGCUACUCGGGAGGCUGAAGUAGGAGAAUCCCUUGAACCUGGGUGGCAGAGGUUGCAUGAGCCAAGCUUGCCCCACUGCUCCAGCCUGGGUGACAGAGUGAUACUCCGUCUCAAAAAUAAUAAUAAUAAAAUAAACAAUAGAAAAAGUUUUAAGUGAGUUACUGGGAGCCAUUGAUGGAUUGUAAGGGAGGGAGGCAUACACAAGGACACCUGGUGUGGAAAGCGGCAAAAUUGCAGGUUGGAUGACAGGAGCCGGUAAUGUGGGCUGAGGGAUGGUAAAGGAGUGGCAAGGGAGUCAGAGACAAGAGAUCUCUUUGGAGAGGCAUUCCGGAAGGAAAAUCAGUAAGCCCUAGAAGACUCUAGAAUGCCGAAGUGCUUGAUGUUGCUGAACUGGGAAUGAUAGGGAAAAAGGCAGGCUCGGGGCACAAGAUAAUGAGUCAGGGUGUAGUCCUGUUGAUGCUCUCCCCACCAUCUGGUGGCUGUUCCUCUCCCAGCCACCUCCGCGCCCCUCAUGGUAUUCCCGUGUUCCUGCAGCCCCUCUCCACCUCCUUGUCACCCCUUCCUCCUGUACUCGUCCAGGCCUCCUCUAGCCCGUGGAAUCCAACCCCAGCUCCUGUCAGCAGUCCUCCCCUGCUGCUCCCCAUCCCUGCCAUCGUCUUCAUCGCUGUGGGCAUCUAUUUGUUGCUGCUGGGUCUAGUCCUGCUGACUAGGCACUGCCUGCUGGCCCAGGGCUGCUGCGCGGACGGUAGCUCCCCCUGCAGGAAGCAAGGUUCCUCCGGGCCCCCAGACUGCUGCUGGACCUGUGCAGAAGCCUGCGACUUUCCUCUGCCUAGCCCGGCCCACUUCCUGGAUGCCUGCUGCCCCCAGCCCACCGCAGCUGACUGGGCACCUCGCUGCCCCCACUGCUGCCCACUCUGCGACUGUGCUUGUACGUGCCAGCUCCCCGACUGCCAGAGCCUCAACUGUCUCUGCUUCGAGAUCAAGCUCCUAUGAGGACCCAGGGCCCCUGCCCUCUGGGAAGCGGCCAGCCCCCAGGGCCCAUGUGCCCUCCUCCCUGAAGAGCCUUUCCCCAGGCCACUGGAACCACAGAUGGCCUGCCCAGCACCCAGGCCUGGGAACUGGAAGUGGCAGCGCAGGGCCUGGCUCCCUGCAGGGCAGGACUCUUGGCCGGCUGGACGGCAGCUCCUCUGGAGGGCCAGAAAAGAGAGGGGCUAGUGCUCGGGCAGGUGCCCCGGCUCCCCUUCCCCUCCCCAUGUCAACGAUUCUAUUUGAAGUUGGGCAGGGGGGUGGCGCUGCUCACCACACACAAGUGUUACAGGAGGAGCCUGGCCCUUGAGUACCGGGUACGCAGGGGUGCCCCAACCAUACUCCGUCCCCGGACUCCCCGUUAUUUUAGGAGGUCCCUGGCCAAAGAUUUAUUUCUCUUGACAACCAAGGGCCUCCUUCUGGAUUUCCCAGGAAGAAUUUUCCUCUGAAGC